AUGACAUCAUCUACUAACACCCAAGAUGACAAGGCAGUGCUAGCUGAUGAGUUUAACAGGAAGGUUCGUCCAUGUAUUGAUGCCAUAGAUGACUUAAGACAGUAUGGCUUGGAGAAGGACGUUGCCCUUCCUGCUGUUGUAGUCAUUGGUGAUCAGAGUGUAGGGAAAAGCUCGGUUCUGGAGGCUAUGUCUGGGGUACAACUACCGAGAGGAACAGCUCAGAGGGUGUUAGCAGGCGACUCAAGGGGCGUUAGCAACAGGUUAAUCCGCCUCCAAGUGGAGGCGCACAAUGUACCUGAUCUAACCUUGAUAGACCUACCUGGCAUCGUUAGAUUUUCCGAAGGCAAUGAUACUGUUGUUCAGGAGACAAGAAAGCUCAUUACGUCAUAUAUAUCGAGGCCUGAGACAAUUAUCUUAGUAUUGAUACCUUGUAAUGUCGAUAUAGAUACGGUGGAAGCGUGUAACUUGGCCAAGCAGGUUGACCCAAAUGGCGAUAGAACAAUAGGUGUUCUGACACGACCUGACUUGAUAGAUCACGGGGUAGGACCAAUCAAAGAGGUGCUAGACAUCCUCGAGAACAAGAAAAUGAAGCUAAAGAAGGGGUUCUAUGUGGUUAAAUGUCGCAGUCAGAAACGAAUAGAAGAAGGCCAAAGUUUAGAACAAGCCCUUGCUGAAGAAGUUCAAUUCUUCCGUACUAAUGAGAGAUUCAGGGUCAUUAAUCCGAUGCAAUGUGGAAUCAAACAAUUGUCAUCAAAACUGACACACGAACUUUACCUCAUUAUCAAGAACUGCAUUCCGAUGCUUCUUGAAGAGAUCAAUGCAAAACUUAUGACUGCAAACCACGAAAUUAAGUUUCUUGGAGGGAUUGGUCUCCCAAUUGAUGCAAAAGAAAGGGUCAGAUACCUCAUUCAGCUAUUGGACGAGUAUUGUGAUAAGCUCCAAAGAGUGUCAAUAGGUGACUACAGACACCAUAAGAAAAAGAUUCGAUUGUUUUCCAAAGUUAGAGAACUCACUGAUAAAUUCGCAACUGAUAUUGAAGAGAGAACCCCUACAGAUCAAGAUGCAUCGUUUCUCGAUAAUAUCAAGACUGAAAUCAAAGCCCAAAGGGGUAACGAACUACCAACAUUCGCCAACACCUACCCCGUAUGUGAGCGUUUGAUUAAUGAUUAUAUAUCUGUAUACAAACGACCAGCUAUGGAAUGCCUGCUGUCGGUAAAUGGUGAAGUUGAGAUCAUCCUACGGGGGAUGGCACAGGAUAUAUUCCGUAAUUUCCCGGUUUUAGAGUCAAAGGUCAAGGAAGUGACAGAACGCCUAGGAAAUAAGGCUUAUAAAGACUGCGAGAGAAAUGUAUACAGGCAGUUUGACAUGGAAAAGAUUGUAUGGACUCAAGAUAGAAUAUUCAAAGAAGAAAUGUUCAAUGGAGGCAAGAGAGAUACCUGGUGCUCAGAACCACCCACAAAUAGUAAAAAGGUUGAGGGGAAAAUAAACAAAAUUGAAAAGGUCGACCGGAUGAGAAGUAUUGACGACGCUGAACUGAAUAGCGAGGCACAAAAAGUUGCGCUAGGAGUACAGACGUAUAUCCAUAUUGCCAGUCGACGAAUCAUGGAUAUGGUCCCAUUAAACAUUAUGUUGCAUUUCCUUCAUACUCUUUCAAAUGAGAUAAAAAAGGAGGUACUGGCGUUGGCCACUUGUCCAGAUGACCUUGACAACUUACUUGAGGAGGACCAGAAUGUGAAAGAAAAACGAGACACAUUGAAGCGUAAAAUCGAGAGACUUGAAUUCGCAGCAGCUGCAUUGGCCAAAAUUUAAAUCCCAAAGAUGUUCUCAUUUAUUGUCGGUUUAGAAACAGCUACUAUCCAUUUGAAUAGACAGACUGUCUCUCACAGGCUUCAGAUAAAGAGAAGCACUGAUAAAUCAUAAUGGGUCUGCUUUUUUACCUCAAAAUUUAGUCAAUCAAUUUUACAAUCAAUUUUGUUUUCUAAAUGACUUUUGAG